AAAACACAGGGAUCACAAUAACAGUAAACGUAGAAGAUAGCGAAGAAACUCCCUCGCAUCACUGUGUAAAGGGGUUGUAGAAAUGGAGUCCCUGAUGAGUGCUGUGGCUCCGCGUUCCCCAGCCCCCACCAAGAAGCUGUCAGAGGUGGACUUCCGAUCGGGGGCCACCCUGGAGCAGCUGUCAGCACAGGUGUCUGAGCUGGUUGUACUGGAGCAGGGGGAGUUUGGAGACCAGACCGCCUUAGAGGUUCACACAGCUAAGGACUUCAUCUUCAACAUGCUCGGCUUAGUCCAGAAAGUGGACCAGCGCCUCCCGGUGGCCAACGAGUACCUGCUGCUGUCAGGCGGAGCCCGGGAAGGGGUCUUGGAUCUCAACCCUGAGGACCUUGGGGACUACGCCAAAGGGGCCGACUUUGACCUGGACUUCACCCUGCUGGUACCCGCCCUGAAGCUCCAUGACCGCAACCAGCCUGUCACCCUGGACAUGAGGCACUCCCCACCCUGCCACUCAUGGCUCAGCCUCCGCCUCUGCGACUCCAACAUCCUGUCGCGCUGGAGCAUCUGCUGCCAGGAGGAGAAUGGGCUUCCUGCUGAGGAAGAUGAGGAGGAAGAGGGAGAAAUGGGUAAAGGCUCCAUCCCCUCCCUGGGUUCUCCUCAGUCUCUGGAUGGAUGCUACUUCUCUCCCACCCUGGUGACAGACUGGUUCUGGGGGGUGGUGAGUGAGGCCGUGGAGGAGCUGAGACGUAGCCCCCAGAGAGGCAUCCCCACCCCGGACCGCCUGGAGAGGAAUGGACCCCUCACUACCAUCAUCCUCCAGGCAGGCUCUAGCCGGGUGCUGUACGACCUGCUGCCUGUGGUGUCGUUUCGGGGCUGGCCUGCUGUGGCCCAAGGCUGGCUGACUGCCAACCACUUUUGGGACGGUAAAAUCACAGAGGAGGAGGCCAUAUCUGGCUUCUAUCUGCUGCCCUGCUGCUCCCCCCUGGGUGGUCGGCCCGACAGGGAGUGGAGGCUGGCAUUCUCACGCAGCGAGGUUCAGUUGAAGAAGUGCAUCCCCUUCCCUAUGGCCCAGGCUUUCCAAGCAGCCAAGGCCGUACUGUCUCGUAUCCUGGCUCGUCCCCGCACAGGCCUCAGCCUCUACCACCUGCGUACGCUUCUCUUCUGGGCCUGUGACCGACUUCCUGCUGCCUACCUGUCCUGCCCUGACGCUGACACUCCCGGUCGCCUCCUCCUGGGUCUCCUAGAUGAUCUGGCUCAUUGCAUCCUGGGUAAAAACUGCCCAAACUACUUCCUGCCCCAGUGCAACAUGUUGGAGCACCUGACUGACAGCCAGGCGCUGCUGGUUGCCAGGAAACUGGCCCACGUGCGCUCAGAUCCCAGCGAGCACCUGCGGGCGGCUCUGGACCAGGCCCAGCAGGCGGGCCAGCUGAAGAAGGAGCUAACAGCUAGCACCAACGGCCACGGCUCUCCCGGGCAUCACCCAGCCAACGGCAUCAUUUCGCCUUCGGAGGACAAGCUGGCGCAGCGACUGCAGCAGCUGGUCACAGAGAACCCUGGGAAAUCCAUAUCUGUCUUCCUGAACCCUGAUGAUGUCACCAGGCCGCACUUCCGCAUCGAUGACAAGUUCUACUGAGGCAGACACGCUGCAGAGAAGACGUGUGGAAACGUGUGUGUGUUUAUCUUACAAACACACUCUGGAAAUGCUCUGAGAUGUCACAUCAGAGGGGACGGAGACUGAAAAUCAGGCAGGUGUUUUUCUGCAGAACACAUCUGGCCUGAAACUGAGCACACUCCCCCUCUUCAUCACCCUGAGGCUGAACAAAGCCAUGCUGCUCGACUGACUCUUCAAACCAAAAAACACACAUGUCCUACUACUGACAAAUGACGUCCAGUUUAGUGGACGUCGCACAACAAGACAUGAUGUCACCGAGCUGUUGCCACGGAGACGGCCCUCUCCUAACGAGCUGGCCUUAACGAGACUUAUCAGCUGGUGCUACAAAGACAAGAGCCGGCUUUAGUCGUGUGAAUAAGUCCAACGGAAAUCAACACAGAGAGAGUGUGUGUGUGUGUGCGCGUGUGUGUGUGUGAGAAUGUGUGUCUAUCUAUGUGUAUGUGUACAUUUUACAUAUUACUUAACACUUCUAAAG